UCAUGCUUGAAGAGAAACUAUCUUAGCUGCUGUCGCUGCUCAGAGGAAAGUUUGGCUACUCCACUAACUCUUUCUUUGUCUAGUAACAUGACCAACAAGAAAGUGAUUGCAGUGUUUGGAGCAACAGGAGCUCAGGGUGGUUCUGUGGCCAGGGCCAUUUUGGAGAGCAAAAAGUUUGCUGUAAGAGCACUCACCAGGGAUGUGACUCGACCAAAGGCACUGUUGCUCCGGGACCUUGGCGCUGAGGUGGUAAAAGGGGACCUGAAUGAUGAAGCCUCGGUGGAGGCCGCCUUAAAAGAUGCCUAUGGGGCCUUCGUGGUGACCAACUUCUGGGACCAUUUCAGCAAAGAGAAAGAAGUGUGUCAGGGAAAGCUGGUGGCAGAUUAUGCCAAGCGCCUGGGUCUGAAGCAUGUAGUGUACAGCGGUUUGGAGAACGUCAAGCGCCUGACUGGAGGGAAGCUGGAAGUUGAACACUUUGACGGGAAGGGAGAAGUGGAGGAAUACUUCUGGUCCAUUGGUGUUCCCAUGACCAGCAUCCGCCUGGCAGCUUACUUUGAAAACUUCCUCACCAUUUGGAAGGCCAUGAAAGCCUCUAAUGGAGAUUACUACACCUUGGCACUGCCUAUGGGGGACAUACCAAUGGAUGGCAUCUCUGUUGCUGAUGUUGGAGCAGUCACCUCUAGCAUUUUUAAUUCUCCAGCAGAGUUUUUAGGCAAGGCCGUGGGCCUCAGUGCAGAAGCGCUAACAGUACAGCAAUAUGCUGAUGUUUUGUCCAAGAGUUUGGGGAAGGAAGUUCGAGAUGCAAAGAUCACCCUGGAAGCUUACGAGAAGUUGGGAUUCCCUGGAGCGAAGGAAAUGGCCGACAUGUUUCGUUUCUAUCGCAUGAAGCCCGACCGUGAUGUCAAGCUCACCCACCGACUGAACCCCAAAGUCAAAAGCUUCAGCCAGUUUAUCUCAGAGAACCAGGGAGCCUUGAUGGGCAUUUAAGCUAUUCAAACAGGCCCCAGACUACACAACUUUCUUCCUCCCCGAUUCUGGUCCUCUUUACAGAAUACCUCCAUUGACAGAACAGACAUGUUAGAAUGCUAUUGUCUGCAACAUCCAAGUCUUCCCAGAAAGUCUCUCUUAAGUAGGAAACAUGAAAAUGUUGACUCACAUAUAACUUUCCAUCUAGUGAUAAGGAUGAUACACCUGUUUGAUUAAGUAAGAAACCCCAAACUUAGUGCCUUCUGUAGCUCUGUCUCCCCAACAGCCAAGCUGCCUCACAAGGCUCUGGCCCAGGAAAUUGGAGCUUCUUCCCUUAACUCGGGGGUGGAGGGUGGGGGA